GCUGCCGAGCUGUUGAGACAUCAACAUUUGCAACCAUACCUCCUCUUGUGUCACAACCCUUCUUCUGCGUUUCUUCCUCCAAGAAACUUAUCUGACAAUUAUAACACGUUCCGAGCCAAACUUGACACUAAGAGAGUAGAUGCAACAAGCUACUCAAUUAGGAUCUCUCAAGACAGUGAGGAUUCUAAAAGUGGGGAGAUGAGUGAGGCAGCUGUUUGCAAUGGAUAUGAUCAACAGGAGACUAUCUCACAAACAGAAACUACGAUCACUCCAAGCUCGUCAAGUUCAAGGGAAAAAACAUGGUCCGAGGAACAAGAGCAUGUUUCUCCGGAGCAUGUUAGUCGAUUUGACAAGGGUGAUACGAAGAAUAACAAGACAAAAGAGCUUGAGGUGUUGAGCAGUCCACUGAACCAUGAGGAAGCAGAUAUAGUGGAAUGUAUCUCUGCAAAAUCUAGCAGAAUGACAUUGUCUGAUGGAAGAUUCAACGAUAAAAUACGAUCCUUCGAUGAAGAAAGCACUUCAUCUAAUUCACAGUCGGCAAAACCUGAUCCAGAGGCAGCACCAAGAUGCUGUGUUGCUGAAACUGAAAAUGGUAACGAGUGUAGAGAAGCUAAGAAAGACGCUCUUCGAGCACUGUAUGAUAAGGUUUCGCAGCUCAAGUCACUAGCCACAUUAGCUAGUAAGGAGGACAAAGACGACUGCGGUAAUCCCACUGAACAAAGAGCUAAAGCUUUAGAGUCUCUUUUGGAGGUUUGUGCGCGACUACUUAAGCAGGAAAAAAUCGAUGAGCUUGCUGGUGUGCUGAAACCAUUCGGGGAUGGUGGAAUGUCGUCUAGAGAAACAGCAAUCUGGUUGACAAAAAGUCUCAUGACUGGACAAAAGUUGUCCAAGGGGUCGUGA